AUGGACUCGCCCGUCGCACCGACCAAGACGGAACGAGCGCCUCGCGACAUCCACCUCCCACCUCGUGGCCCUCCCCUGAAGGACAAGUACUCGAUCACGACCGUGGCCCACUCGACGAAGGACACGCCCAACACGAUCAGCAUCGAUAGCGAGUUUGGCGAUGGCGAUUCGAAGCGGUGGCCGCAGCAGGACGAGGACAUGACCUUGCUCGCACCGGAGAACGACAAGCACGUGCUGUGGAGGAGGACCGCCGGCGAUUGGUUGGCCAAGGACAUGGGUCUCUACGAUGGUCAGUCGCUGGACGGAGCUGCCGACCCGUGUGUGGGGUACGAGCUGGGAAUUGGGAAUUGGGAAUUGGGAAUUUGCGAGCUCGGUCGUUGCCCGGGACCGGACCGGACUCGGGACGCGCAACCCGUCACCGCCGCCCGUCGCCGCCGCCCGAGUCACCGCCGCCGGUCACCGCCGCGCUCGCGCACGCGCACCGGGCACGCGCACCGGGCACACGACGCCCGCCCGUCGCCGCGCCAGCCCGCUUUCGCAAUCCACGAUCCGAUCGGCGGUCCAUGACCGUGGAUGGGGCUCCGAGCAGUGCAGUCGCAGCUCCUUCAUGUCCCACACCGUCUCAAUUUCACUGAUCACAUUCGCUGACGUUGUUCAUGUUCCUCCCCCGCCUCUGGCAAUCCGUGCUUGAAAAAUCCUGCAUACACUCACGGGCCUGCCACUCACGGGCCUGCCACUCACCGCCCCCGGUACUCCCGAUCAACAAAUCGCAAAUCAACCACCUUUCUGACGCCUGCCUCACCCGGAUGAUUUCUGCCAAACCAACGCAACCGACUUGCAAUAACAGAACAUGGCGCGGCGCAUUGGAUCCUCGGCAACCUCCCUCGCCAGUACGGCCUCUUUGAGCAAAUCACCCACCCCAAAGAUGUCUCCAAGUCGGGACCCCCGCCGACACAGGCACAACAAAAGAACAACAAGCUUCGACUCGAUCGAUUCAUCUUUGGCAAGUCUCGCCAUCUGAUGCCCCCCCCCCACCUUAUGGCAGUCUAGCGCUGACUCUAGUCCGCAUCACUUCAUCCAGGCCACAACGGUCGAAAGAUUCGAUCGGCACUGUCCCUGGGCAAGCAUAUCAGUUGGCUCUUGCACGGUAGUAUCGGCACAUGCACCUGCGAUGGCUGCAAGGUCGUCUCCAAGAACGCCAACGCCAACGCCAACGCCAACGCCAACGCCGCCGCCGCCGCCGCUGCCGCAAACGCCAAUGCCGGUGCCUCGACAUCAGCCGCAGCAACCCCAACAGCGACGACCGAGGCCAAUGCUGCUUCCUCCUCGACCGCUCGCUCCAACAGUAUCAAGAACAAGAAGAAGCGGACGGUCAACGUCACUGCCUCCGACAACAGUGGCGACGAAAGACGGCCUGUCGCGCCACCAGCCGCAGCAGCCGCAGCUGCAGCAGCAGUGUCUGCCCCACCGACCAAAAAGACCAAAGGCAAAGCCCGAAUUGUGGACGAGGAUGAUGCGAGCUCCUUGAUGGACGAGGACGAAGGGUCUGAACCGCACGCACCGACAGGGACGAAAGCAGCAGCAGCAGCAGCAGCAAGGACCAAAGGCGUCCCGACGAAAUCGAACGGUACCGCUGCGAAAGGCCCGGCAGCUUCUAGUGGCCGAAGAUCAUCAUUCGUAGCGACGAACGAACUCGAAUCGCGAGCUGACCAGUUUGCCCACGAGAUGCGAGCCGCCGAUCCGAACCGAGUCGCGGUCGUGCAUUCACCCUGGCUGGCGAACAAGACCGCCGAUAUUGAUCAUCCGUCAUGGUGCCGAGUGGGAGAGCUUGUAUGGGCCAAAACACACGAAGAAUUGGCCCAGCUCGAACUGUUACCGCCUGCCGAUGCGACUCGACGCCGAUCCAACGCCCCCGCGACACCGAGGUUCAGCCAUUGGCCGGCCAUCAUCCGAGGACGUACUGUCAAACCCAAUCCAAAAUCGCAAUUGUCGCCUCUCGUUGAGUACCGCAUCGAGUUUCUCGCUUUACUCGACCAGCCUGAGCGCACCUUUGCCGCGAACGAAGUCGUCCCCUGGCUGGGCUACAUCGCCGCCGGUCUGACCUCGGAGGAAAUGUCGAACGCAAUCGCACUGGGAGGCUCCGAAGUGGCUCAUUCGCGUCAAUGGACGCGCGACCUGCUCGCGAACGGCAUUCACGCCACUCGAGCGGCUUUCCUCUCGGCUUACAUGACGGGCCAGUUCUUCGCCUCGAUUCAAACUCGUUCCCUGCCGACGAUCGAAACGGGGUCCCACCUCCUUCCGGACCCUUCACUCUCGAACGGCGGCCAAUCGUCGCUGAGCGCAUUACGAUCGAUGUUCAUGGCUCGACCGACGACACGUUUCCUCUCGCACGCUUUCGUCUUUUACGGACCCGAACUCAUCCAUGUCGGCGAUGUCGUGCGACUGGCCUCCAACGUCGAACUGCCUUCUUCCGUCGAAGCCCAAGUCAUCGAUCAUUCGCCUUUACAAAUGCCGACUUCGCUCGUCUUGCACAUCACCAAAUUCGCCCGCGGAGGACGGGAUUGCCCUUUACUCGUGCGAGGAAAGGUGUACGAGAUGAACGAAAUCACCCUCGCUGCGGACGACGGUAUGCCGGCAGACUACGUCUCGGAUGACGAUAUCUUUGGUGACGAUGACGCAACGAUGGAUUUCGAGAACGCGAUCAACAACAACAACAAUGGUAAAGAACUACCGAUCCAAAUCAACGGCAACGAUGGCUUGAACACGACCGCUGCGGGGGCUUUUUCGAACAUGUUGUUGAACGGCCAUCAGAACGAAUGGGUUCGAUCGAAUGGGUUGGCUUUUGAUUCGUCGAGCGAGGACGAAUCGUCUUCGGAGGAUGAGGCGGCCGAAUCGAGCGAUACGAAGAUGAAAGCGAACAAACGAGUCGUCGCCUCGAAAGCGCUCAAAGCCUCCUCCUCAUCGAACCCAAUCACUUCUACCAAAGCACUCAACAACAACGGUGUUGGAACGGGGACAUUAACUCCCAACACGUUGCACUACCGGAAGAAGAUGCCCGCACCUCCUUUCCCCGCCCAUCGUUGGCGUUGCCUCACCCCAGGUCGGGAAGUCGAUCUCCUGAUGACCGAUCUCGCAGGGAGGUACUACCCCGUUUCCCCCUCCAUUUACGCCGACGAUACGCUAGUCAAUCGAAUCGCCGAAUCGGCAGCUCGAACAGGCGUCGUAGGUGAAGUAGGUAUCGCUCCUCUCGCGCUCCUCUUGGGCGGUCUCAUGAGUGGUGAUAAAGUACCUCGCGUGAACGCGCGUAACGGACUCUUAGGCGAUGAUCGAGAACGACAAUUGAGCGUCGCGGAAGAACAAGCUUAUAUAGCCGCGGGAUUGAAAGCCGUCGUUGGGGAACAACACGGUCAAAAUGGUGGGGCGAUGGACGUGGAUGAUGCGCCUUCGGCGGGAGCGGGAGCGGGAGCGGAUCUUAAGAGUUUGCAGAAGACGGUCGUCGUUUGA